AUGCGGGAGAACAGAGGCAGCGGGGAGCCGGCGGCCAGCAGAGCAGCCGAGGCAGCCCGCAAUGCCAGCGGCCUCCGCCCGCCUCCCGCCCUUCUGCCCCCGUCCAUGUGCCAGCCUCCAGGGGUCGUGCAGUUCGAGGAACCACCGCUGGGGGCGCAGGAGCCCAGGGCCACCCAGCAGCCCGACCUGCGUCCAGUGGAGACUUUUCUGACCGGAGAGCCCAAAGCUUUAGGGACGGCGCAGAUCCUCAUCGGCCUCAUCCACCUGGGCUUCGGCAGCGUGCUGCUCAUGGUCCGCCGCGGCCACCUGGGGAUGCUCUUCAUCGAAGGCGGCGUCCCCUUCUGGGGAGGAGCCUGCUUCAUCAUCUCUGGGUCCCUCUCUGUGGCAGCCGAGAAGAACCACACCAGCUGCCUGGUGCGGAGCAGCCUGGGGACCAACAUUCUCAGCGCCGUGGCGGCCUUUGCUGGAACCGCCAUUCUGCUCAUGGAUUUUGGUGUCACUAACUGGGAUGUGGGCAGGGGCUAUCUGGCAGUGCUCACCAUCUUCACCAUCCUGGAAUUCUUCAUCGCAGUCAUUGCCACCCACUUUGGGUGUCAAGCCACACGCGCCCAAGCCAACGCGUCUGUGAUUUUCUUGCCAAAUGCCUUCAGCACAGACUUCAACAUCCCCAGCCCAGCAGCCUCCCCGCCCCCUGCCUAUGACAAUGUGGCAUAUAUGCCCAAGGAGUCCUCCGAGUAGCAAGCUGUGACUCACACAGGUUGGAGUCCAGCCUUUACCCUCUCUUCGGACUCUCCCCACCCCCGCCUUGUUCAUGUAGAGCAGCCCUUCCCCAGGUGUCCCCUCCAAGCCACACAUGUGGUGGCACUAAGUGUUCCCCAGUGGUUUCUUUCCUAAGAAAUGCUAAGCUGAUAUCCAGGGUUCAUGUCCUUCGGUCCCUGAGCCCUACCCAC